AUGUCAAAGCUUCGUACUUUCUUUUUCUUUCUCACUGGCACAUUCUCAUUGUCUUUCUCGAAGGCAUUUCUUUCUGGACUCAAAUUGUUGAGGGUUCUAGAUUUGGAGAAAGUCCCAAUUACAAAAUUGCCAGAUGAAGCAGUGUACUUAUUCAACUUAAGAUAUUUAAAUUUGAGGAGAACUCCAAUUAAGGAGCUUCCCAAAUCCAUAGGAAGGCUCCGCAAUCUUCAAACCUUGGACAUUAAGGAUACAAACAUAGAGGCACUUCCAAGAGGAAUUUCCAAGUUGAUUAACCUACGCCAUCUAAUUAUGUAUCGUUACACUGGAGUACAUAGGGGCUUCAGAUAUAUUAAUGAGACAAAAGCACCAUCAAAUGUUUGUAAGUUGAAGAAAUUACAAGUUUUGGCAUGUGUUGAAUCAGAAGGUAACAUUGUUAGACUUGUCAGGAAUAUGACCCAACUUACUAGGAUCGGGAUUACAAAUGUGAAAGAAAGAGACGAAACAGAUCUACGUGUCUCAAUUCAGAAGAUGAAGCUCCUCAGCUUCUUGUCUUUAAUAGUAUCUGAUGAAGAGGAAUUUCUUCGAAUCAAUGCGCUACCUUCACCUCCAUCCUCACCUUCAAAAUCUUACCUUGGCUGGCAAACUGGAACUGGUUCCACCUUGGUUUUGUUUACUUCAUAG